CAGUGUGCAAAAUCCAUGAAUACGUCUACACCUCGUUACCAUGGUGAUACCAUGUGUGCAGAGAUAGGGGCUAUUAGUCCCAUCUCCUCGGAAGACGACGCAAAGGGUCAUGGCAGCAUAUACAGCGUUCGUAGUGGCGUGCAACAAAGGCAUGAACCCACACGUACGCGCAAAGUGUUAUCUGCGAACAUAUACGUACCGGAUAGUGCGGGCGUGAAGAACAAUGCAUGUAUAGUAGAUGUGGAUGCAUAUGCGGUCGACCCUGCAGUGAAUAAGUUCGGAGACAUGAGUACGUUGUCAACAAACACUUCAGGCAUGGGGCGUGUGAAUGGGGAGGCAUAUUUAGAAAACGGUGCAACUAUAGAGCGUGGAGCUGUGGCCAGACGAAGGGGUGCAAGGCGAGAGGCAGAGGCUUUCAGUGAUGCAGGCCGCAAUCACAAACACACCAGACAGUUAAGGGGUUCUCCAGCAAGCGAGAUAGUUGUUAGCGCGAGUGACAGCGACUUAGAACAAGCAUGCAGUAGGCGUAUGAGCGGUGGAAAGCGAGGGAGAAAGCCGUCUUCUUAUUGUGCAUCGGAAACCGUUGUGGAUGUGGAUGCGAAUGUGGAUGUGGAUGUGAGCGCGGAGAAAACCAGACAGCGUAAAUGUGCGCGGGGUCCAAUUUUGGCGUCGACCGACACGCAAUGUGCAGGCAUAGGUGGCUUGGCAAGAGCUGAGAACGGUAGGCAUGACCGAGGGGUGGGUAGCCACAAGGAUGUAGGUAGGCACAGAGAUAAUGGGAGUGAGAGUGAGUCUACCGGAACUGAGAACGACACACCGGCCCAAGCUGUGGGUAGGCACAGGCGUGUAGGUAGGAAUAAGGUCAUUGAGAGUGAGAGUGAGUCUAUCGGAGCUGAGCAUGAGUAUAUGAGUGCGGGUAACCCGGAAGUAGACGGGGACAGUGCGAGAGACCGAGGCAGUGAGAGUGCGAGCUCAAGCAGGCGUGGCUGUAGACGUUUGACGAGACCACUUUCUUUUGGACAUCGCUUACUUCGGCCACAUGCCGGGUCACCCGUGUGUGAAAGUGACAGUGGCAAGAGUAGAAGUGAUGGUGGCGCAAGUGAUGACGAUAGGCGUAGCUGUAGGCGUCUAAAGACACCAGCUUCUCCUGUGUACCGCACACAUAAACAUCAUGCGGAGUCACGCAUGCGUAGUCGUGGUAGUGGUAAUAGCAGUGGUGAUUGUGGCGCAAGGGGUGAUCAUGAUAGGCUGCAUGGUAAUGGAACGGUUGAGCGGUACGCACUGAGACACGGCAAGAUCGCCAAGAAGCCGUGGGAAAGGGGGCUGGACAGGAAGAAGAACGCCGCCUUCGACCGGCUGAUUAAAC